AUGGAUCCCUUGAGCAGAGACAUCAUCCGUGCAGAGGUCGACGCCAAUGACAAUCGACCCGACACCUUGUCGUACAUUGCCACCCAUGGACCAGAUAUCGAGAGAGACUGGUCUCGAUCAGACGUUUCUUCUUCACCUAUUUCCCGUCAUGUCACCCACACUUACACGAAUGCCACCCAACGCACGCUCCAUCCUGUGGAGCUCGAUCGCAUCGCUCGAUCGCGGACACAGCAUCUUCUCACCGUAGGCAGUCGGCCGUCGACUAUUGCACGAAAACGAACAACAGCCACGGUGCAGACAUUGGGAGCUGGCAAGCCUCUACCACCCAAAGACGAAACGGAAGGGUACGUCGUCGAAUUCGACGGUGUAGAUGACCCCGAACACCCCCAGAACUGGCCCUUCUGGUAUAAAGUCAGAACGUCCAUCAUUUUCUCCUUCAUCACCUUCGUGGCGUCCUUCGCCAGCGCCAUCUUCUCCUCUACCAUCCACCAAGUAUCCCACGAGUUCCACGUCUCGACCGAGGUCGGCGUCCUCGGUAUCACGCUAUAUGUGCUGGGCUUUGCGUUCGGCCCCAUCCUCUGGGGCCCCGGUUCUGAGUUGAUGGGCCGCAAAAAGCCCCUCGUGGUGGCCAUGUUCGGCUUCGGUGUCUUUGCCGUCGCAGCAGCCGUGGCCAAGGACUACCAGACACUGAUGCUCGCACGCUUCUUCAGUGGCUUCUUCGCCGCGUGUCCGCUGGCGAUUGUCCCCGCCUGCUUCGCCGACAUGUACGACGACAGCCAGCGCGGGAUCGCCAUCACCGCGUUCGCCAUGGCCGUUUUCUGUGGGCCCUUCUCCUCACCCAUUGUCGGCGGCUUCAUCGCAGACAGCCACCUGCGCUGGCGCUGGACCAUGUACAUCGCCUCCAUCAUGGGCUUCCUAUCCACCUUCCUCGUCUUGUUCACCAAGGAAACGUACGCACCUGCGGUCCUUGUCGCGAAAGCCGGGCGGGUCCGACGCGAGACCAAGAACUUCGCCAUCCACGCGAAACAAGAGGAGGUCGAGGUGGACUUUCUGGAGCUCGUGGACGAGAACUUCAUGCGACCCAUCCGGAUGUUGUUCACCGAACCCAUCAUCUUCCUGAUUACCCUGUACAUGUCCUUCAUCUACGGCCUCAUCUACCUGUUCUUGGGCGCCUACCCGAUCAUCUUCCAGGGCGUGCACGGCAUGAACGAAGGUGUGGGCGGCCUGCCCUUUAUCGGCUUGAUCAUCGGCCAAGUCUGCGGCGGCAUCUACAUCAUGAUCGACCAGGUCGCGUACAAGAAGAAGCUCGCCCGCAACCACGGCGUGCAGAUUCCGGAAUGGCGACUCCCGCCCGUCAUCAUCGGCGCCAUCGCCUUCUCCGUCGGUCUCUUCUGGCUCGGCUGGACGGGCUGGAACAAAUCCAUCCACUGGCUCGCGCCCACAGCGUCGGGCGUGGUGACCGGCUUCGGUAUUCUGUGCAUCUUCCUGCAAUGCUUCAACUACAUCAUCGACACGUAUUUGAUGUUCGCCGCCUCGGCCAUCGCCGCCAAUUCCCUGCUCCGAUCGUUCUUCGGUGCCGGCUUCCCCCUGUUCGCCGACCAGAUGUUUAACAAUCUCGGCAUCCAGUGGGCCGGGACCUUACUGGGCUGCCUCGCCGCGGUCAUGAUUCCCAUCCCCGUCAUCUUCUACAUUUGGGGCCACAAGAUCCGGGGAUGGAGCAAGACGACAGUCAUCAAAGAGGGGUUGGGGGAUGAAGAGCAGGACCUGGGACGGGAAAAGAGCGAGAUGCAAGUCUGA